AUGGAACAGUUCAUAGCGCCGAGAGUGAACAAAAAAUACUUGAACAAAUUUUACGACAAGAAUGUGCGAAUAUUGGGCAAGGUUUUAAAGAAGGAAGGAGGAGAGCUGACUCUACAAACGAGCGAUAAUGAAGAAGUAAAAUGCUUUUUGAGUGAAAACCAAGGGGAAGGCACGUUAGAUCAGUAUGUCGAAGUUUUAGGGAAGGUGAACAAAGAUAAUACUAUAAGUGAUAUAGUGUACGUACAGAAUGGAGGAAAUUCUUUAAAUUUAAAUGAAAUGAAUAAUUUAAUAAACUUAACUUUUAUGGAAGAAUUUGAGGAAAUAUUUUAA